AUGUAGCAAAGAAUCGAGGAAAUUGCAAAAAAGACCUAGGGUUGCAGUAUCGAUAAUCAAAGAAUCUUUAUGUUCUUCUAACAGCUUAGGAAGUAGCAGAAACAUUACAAUGAUUUUGAAUAUUUGGGAAAUGGAUCAUUUGCUUUAGUAAUCAAAGCUUUUAACAAGAAUUCUCAAAGAUAAGUUGCACUAAAAAUUGUUCUAUGCAACUAAAAUGAACCUAGCGAGGAGGAGUCUGUUUUGAAGGAGUACAAUUUACUUUUGAAGAUUAAGAAUUGUCCAUACCUUGUCGACGUCUACAAUCAUUUCUAUGUCUAUGAAGAAAAAAUCAUAAUCGAAGAUUCAGAUGAUGAAGAAUAAAUAGCUGAAAAACCUAAAAAGCAAAAUGAAAAAUUGAAGUCCUUCUUAGUCUUAGAACUCGAAUUUUGCAAGACAAAUUUAGCAGAUUACUUCAGAUAUUGUAGACAUUAGAAAUAAUAUCCUGAUAAGUAAAUGAAAGAAAUCCUAGCUAUUCAAAUUCUUGAUGGAAUAUCCUUCCUCCAUUAGAAAUCGUUCCUACAUCGAGAUAUCAAACCAAACAACAUCCUUCUUUAGUUUGAUAACUAAAACAAUCCGAUUAUCAAGAUUUGUGAUUUAGCUUUUGCUUCAUUCAUAUCUCCAAGCCAAUCAUAGAUCCACACUAAACAGAAAGGAACUAGAGAAUAUAUGCCUCCAGAAUUAUAGUCAGACAUAUGGAGAAAAGAAAGUGACUUAUUCUAAGUUGGGAUAGUUCUAUUAGAACUUGAUAACAUUGAAAAAUUCGAUUUCUUGAAGACAACAGAUGAUGAAAGGUAUGCUCUAAGAAAUGGUUAAAUAUUCCCAACUUAUUUUCUUGACAGAAAAUCUAACAUUUUCUAAAUUGCUUAAACAUUCUUGAAUCCUAACUUUAAAGAACGUUAAUCUGCAUAAAAGUUUCUUGAAUAGCUUCUAUGGAAAGAUCCUUAAUAUCAAAACAUUGAAUUGAGUUCUAUCAUCAUUAUGCCAUAAUUAGGGAAGAAAGUACAUGAAAUACUAAAUACUAAUUCUCAGUAAGCAUAAGGUUUGAAUGCAAGUUAAAAUAUUCAAGAAUCUAUGUUGAAAUCUUAAAUCAUGCACAAGGUAAGCUAGAUCAAUUAAUAAAGUUAAAUCAGUUAGAUUCAAAAUUCUGUUUAAGCCAUGUCAUUAUCUUAGAUUUAUAAUGAUUAAAUUUAGAGCUUGCUCAAUGAUUACUAAAACAAGAUAAAAAUUAAAAAAAUUUUUACAGAAGAUGAAUUGAAAAAAGCAAUGCUCUAACUGUUUAACAAACAAAAUUAUAGUAAGAGCUUUUAUCUUAUUAGCCAAGGAGGGAAAGGACUUAUCAUUGGUGCAUAUAAUUUAAAAGAUAAAAGAGAUUGUGUACUUAAAAUAUAAAAAGUUUAAUCAAAAUCUCGUAUUAUAAAAGAAAUCAGCAUUCUUAAAUGCUGUCAAAUGCCUUUAAUUGUAAAAUUAUAUGAUUUCUUUUAUCUUAAUGUUGUUUAAAAGGAGGAUUUCGUAGUCUACGAGUUAGAAAAAUGUGAUUGUGACCUUAAGGCUUACUUAGAAAAAAAGUAAAAUGAUUAGCAAUUCACUUAAGAAGUUAAAGAAGAAAUUGCUAUUUAAAUGAUGGAUUCUGUUAAUUACAUACAUAAACAUAAUAUCAUCCACAGAGAUAUUAAGCCUUAAAAUUUUUUAGUUUAAGAAAGCAAUAGCUCUAUCCCAGCAAUCAAAUUAAGUGACUUUGAUGAAGCUGAUUUUUUAAGAUUAGAUGAAGAGUAUGGUUAUGAUUCUAAUGGAAAUUGGAUUCUAUAAUAAUAUUUUGCACCUAAUUGUGAUGGGUGUGGAACAUUUGGUUAUUGGGCACCUGAGUAAAUAUAUGAAAAGUAAUCAACAAUAGAAUGUGAUGUAUUUAGUCUAGGAAUAUCUUUAUCGUUGUUAGAUAACUUUUAAAAAUUAUAACCAGUUUAUCAUUAUGAAUGUUUAAAAAUUGGAAAAUAAUUUGUGGAACCUUUUGAACCUUAUAAGGGCUAACUAGAUUUAAUUAAUAGACAAACUAAAAUUUAUUAGAAAGCAAUUAUGUACUCAUUGGUUUAUGAUAAAUACAAAAGAAAAGAUUUGCCAUAAAUUUUAGAUAAUUUCAAAUAAAAUUAUUUUUCUAAAGAGAUAAAAUAAAUUUCUUUAAUUAAUGAUCAUUAAAUUGCUUAAAUCAGUUUUAAGGAUAAUAAGAUUGGUGCAGAAGGAGCAAAACAUAUUGGAAUGAGCUUAGAAAAGUGUCAAAAUAUCACUUCUUUGAAUCUCAAUCUAUGGGAAAAUAGAAUUGGUGCAGAAGGAGCAAAACAUAUUGGAAUGAGCUUAGAAAAGUGUCAAAAUAUCACUUCUUUGAAUCUCAAUGUUAGGUACAAUUACAUUGGUGCAGAAGGAGCAAAACAUAUUGGAAUGAGCUUAGAAAAGUGUCAAAAUAUCACUUUUUUGAAUCUCAAUCUAUGGGAAAAUAGAAUUGGUGCAGAAGGAGCAAAACAUAUUGGAAUGAGCUUAGAAAAGUGUCAAAAUAUCACUUCUUUGAAUCUCAAUCUAUGGUACAAUUACAUUGGUGCAGAAGGAGCAAAACAUAUUGGAAUGAGCUUAGAAAAGUGUCAAAAUAUCACUUCUUUGAAUCUCAAUCUAUGGUAAAAUAACAUUGGUGCAGAAGGAGCAAAACAUAUUGGAAUGAGCUUAGAAAAGUGUCAAAAUAUCACUUCUUUGAAUCUCAAUGUUAGGGGAAAUGAAAUUGGUGCAGAAGGAGCAAAACAUAUUGGAAUGAGCUUAGAAAAGUGUCAAAAUAUCACUUCUUUGAAUCUCAAUCUAUGGGAUAAUAAGAUUGGUGCAGAAGGAGCAAAACAUAUUGGAAUGAGCUUAGAAAAGUGUCAAAAUAUCACUUCUUUGAAUCUCAAUCUAUGGUAAUUUUGUUAAAUAUUUAUUUGA